CUCUGGGCCCCCUCGGCCACCACCCCGCGGGCCCCGUCCCAAGACGGGCGAGGGCCCCCGACGGAGCGGCACAAUGGCGGUCGCCGCGGACUGCAGCCACCAGGUCGACUCCUACAUAAAGGAGCGCGGCGUGGAGGACGCGGUGGCCGAGGUCGUGCAGGCUCUGCUGGAGGCCAAGCCCGAGAACCCGCGCCGGUGGCUGCUGGAUCGGCUGGAGCAGGAGCUGUCCGAGGAGAGCGACGACCUCCUGGAGUCCGACCUGCAUCGCCUCUUCGCGGCGUCGCGGAAGAUCACCGCGGAGAUAGUGCCGCAGGAGACGAUAGGCAUCGUGAUCUCCGAGACCGUGCAGCUCCUCAGCUGCGACACCGUCUCCCUCUUCGUGCUUGACAAGAAGGCCAGCGUGCUGAGGCUGUACGCCUCCAAGCUGUCAACGCCGAUCGUGGUGAAUAUGGGACAGGGCAUCGCAGGUUACGUUUUCGAGCACCUAGAGACAGUGAACAUCCCAGAUUGUUACAAGGACCCGCGCUUCGACAGCUCGUUCGACAAGGUCUCGGGUUACUACACGCGCAGCCUGCUAGCGGCUCCCAUCCUGGACUACGAGGGCAGCUGCGUCGGUGUCCUCCAGGCCAUCAACAAGAUGGGUCUCGACGGUAAGUCGAGCUUCGACCACACGCCCGUCGGCAUGCAGGCGGUCCCCUUCAGGAGGAAUGACGAGAAGAUUCUGUUGCACCUCACGCAGCACGUCGGCAUCGCGCUCCGGAAUGCUGAGGUUUAUCGAGAGGCCAUCAGCUCUAGCGAGCGCGCGACUGGUCUGCUCAACACAGUCCAGAGCCUUUCCCAGGAUCUGGGAAUCCAAUCAAUGUUGCUGACGAUCACCAUGCACGCGGGCCAGAUCGUGAGUUGCGAGAGGUCAACGGUCUUCCUCCUAGACGAGGCCAAGGGAGAGCUCUGGUCGGUGUCCACGGACACCGGCCAGGAGAUCCGCAUACCUAAGACGACUGACGCGUACGCAGACAAACGCUUCAACCAAGAAGUGGACAAGAGGACGGGCUUCAAGACGCAGAACAUCCUCGCGGUACCGAUGUUCACCGCCGACGGGUGCGUCUCGGGCGUCAUCCAGAUGAUCAACAAGGUAUCCCCCGACGGCAGCUACGAGGUCUUCGACGAUGCCGACGUGGAGGUGAUGGAGCUGUUCGCCAAGUUCGUAGGCCCCAAGCUCACGCAGUCCUCGAUGUUCGUGAAGGCCGCCG